GAAAUAUCUCGCAUAAUUGAUGGCUUGUAUCUUGUUUAUGAAGACCCAUGUUGAAAUUGCUUCACCCAGCAGCAGUAUGGUUCAGAGAAAUUGCAAGAAUCAAGUACACAGUUGUGAUGAGAUCCUUUAUUUAGUUUUCACUUUGUAAAAAGAUUCGUAUUGGUUUUUGAGUAUGUAUAUUUUAAAGAAAGAUAUCAAACCUUGUUCAGAAUGAUGGAAUUUAUUAUCUAAAUGUUGCUAUGCGAUGUCGUCUCUCUGCAUUGCCUAAUGUUCCACUAGAAUUCUGUUAUUUAUCUUGCUGAAGACGUCUUCUUCACCGUAGGCCUUGUCCUGAUUAAUCAAGGUCGGCCGCCCGAAUCCUUCUUCGCCAUUCUUUUUUAUCCCUGGCAAGGUCGUCUUUUUUGAUAUUGCCUUUCCACCGUAUCCCCGGCCCUCCUCGCUCACGCUUGCCUCGCCUUCCUGAAGACGCAUUUCCAUGAAAAAUAUGAUCCAAUAACUUCUUGUGGUUAUUUACAAUUUUGAUCCAGUUCUCUAAAAAAACCUUUCCAGUCUUUUUUAUCUUUUUGUUUCUAUUAGAUCUGAAGUGUUGUUUUAGACAAAUCAUAAUUAUACACCCCUAAAGUAUCUCUAUGAGUAAACGUAAAAGCAAAAUUUGUUAAGCUUGAAGACUCUUGCCAUCGCAUUUUAGUUAUAUCGUUGCUUUUAUAUCUGUCGAUCAUAAAGCAAAUCCUUUUAUUCAAGAAAAGCCAGAAAAGCCCCCCUUCCCCUCCCCUGUGGUAACAUUUUGAAAUUCAACUCAAAUUUGCACUAACUGUGAUGGGAUUCCCAAAGAAAACCUUAAUGAACUUAAAGUACAAGUUUUGAGAAAGUUUACAAAAAGGUUUCCAAAAAAAUUUUCUGAAAUUUUAUUCAGUCUUUUUCCUUUGCACAAAUAUAUCACAAAUAAUCACCAUUCGCCAUUCAAGUUGCUUUUGGUGCGAUUAUAAAUUGACAUUCAUUCUACGAGAGAAUUCUAAAAAUUUCAAACUAAAGUAGAACAUAAUUUUCUAAAGAUCAAGCGAAAUAGAGCUAAGCCAGGUCUGUGCUGGGGACUUAGACUUGGCUGUUCUUGUUUAAUCCAACUGCAAUCAGGUCUUUUAGUCUUACCUCCCAUAAUGGAUUCGUUGCUUUUUCUUCAUCUUCGGAAAAGAUAGCUAAGCACUUGAUCAAGAAAUAAAUUCCUUUUGAUUAUUGCUCGGUUCUUUGAUCAAAGCCACUUAGCCACUUUAGAUCUCCUUUAAACUUGAUGCAUUCGAUAGGUUACAAAAUAAGUGUUUUCUGACCCUAAAUAAGCAUAUUUGAAAGGAGAGAACUUUUAUGGCUGGUUAACCCUUCCUUAAGCAAUAAACUUUAGUUGGCUCAUUUGGGAGACUACCGGACUUCGUUUUAAAGCUUCAGAUUGUGGACACACAGUUGCACAUCAACCCCAGUUUGCAAUGAAUUUCAAUCCGCUAAUGGACAGGCGCAAAAGCGUCUCACCAGCCGCUCUGAAAAAUGAACGGAAGAAAAUGGAGUUAUCUGAUCAGUUGAAAGACGUAUAUGGAAAGAGGAGACAGUCAAUGCCCCAGCCCUCACUUCAAAGCGUUCUCUUCGGACAAGCUCUUUACAAGAUAAGUGAUACAGUGAGGGACAUCUGCACAGGUAUUCCAGUCGAUCCACUACCAAAAGCUGCCACAAACAGAAGCAAGGCUGUCGCUCAUGCACCACGCAAAAAGCCUAAAUUAACAGCGGAGAAAGAAAGGGAGCUGGUGCUAGAUGCUUUGCAGUAUUUCCCAAUUGGAACACAUGAUGUCUUGGAGCCUGAAUUUGCUGAUGAGCUCAAAAAAUAUGGACAUAUAUACAUGUACAGAUUUCGACCAACGUUAAAAAUGAGGGCGUACCCUCUUUGUCAUUACCCCGUCGUGACGCACAAAGCUGCUGCUGCAAUGCAAAUGAUUAUGGGCAUGCUUGAUCCAAAAGUUGCAAAGUACCCUCAUGAGCUGGUCACGUACGACGGACGAGGACAAGUUUUCUCAAACUGGGCACAGUUCUGGCUUGCAAUGUACUAUCUCUCCACUAUGACUGAAGAUCAUACUCUAGUUAUUUAUUCUGGCCAUCCAGCUGGACUAUUUCCAAGCUUUCCAACUGCGCCAAGAGUUGUUGUGACAAAUGGCAUAGUGAAGAUACCUAAAACUCUACCAGAGGCAGAGCAAGAGAUUUUUAGCGUGGGUGUCUCAAUGUUUGGACACAUUGGACCUCAGGCUGUUGUUCACGCCACAAUGAUAACCAUGAUAUCUGUUUAUCGAAAAUUUAAAGGUUCUGAUGAUCUGAAUGGCAAGGUUUUCGUAUCAGCUGGACUUGGAGAAAUGGGAUGUGCGCAAGCUUUGGCGUCUAAAAUGAAUGGCUGUAUUGGAGUAAUUGCAGAGGUCGAUGAUUACCUAAUAGAAAAAUGGCAAAAGGAGGAAUGGAUCACUGAAGUGGUUGACGACCUCGAUGAAUUGAUUGCAAGAGUUCGAAAAAGCAAAACAGAGAGUAAAGGCAAGUGUAUUGCAUACCAUGGCAACGUGGUUGAUGUCUGGGAGAGAUUUGCAGAAGAAUUAGAAAGCACAGGAGAGUUGCUUGUUGACAUUGGAACGGAUCAAACAAACCUAAAAAGACCAUUUUCAGGAGGAUAUGUGCCAGCCCAACUCACCCUAGACGAGAUGGACAUGAUGAUGAAGAAGAAUCCAGAGAAAUUCAAGAAGUGUGUUCAAAAAUGUCUUCGAUAUCAUGUGCUAGCAAUAAACAAACUAACUGAUGCAGGAAUGAUUUUCUGGGAGUAUGGUAACAACUUGCAAUAUGAAGCGGAUCAAGCCGGCGCUGAAAUUUACAAAACAGAUGAUGCGCCGGCAAGGGUUUUCAAAUACCCAACUUAUGGAACUGAAAUUAUUGGGGACCUUGUAUCAGUUGGUUUCUCUCCUUUCAGAUGGACAUUUACAAGUGGGAGUCCGAAUGAUCUCUCAGAAAUGGACAAAGAAGUUGUCAAAAUCUUAGAAGACAUUGCACAAGCUAAUAUAACAGAAUUGCCACCUAUAACACCAUUAGCAGUGCAUGAUUAUUAUAAAGAUAGCAUCAAAUGGAUGCAGGAAGUACAAAAAUACAAAUGGAACUAUGGAACUAUGUCCAGGAUGCUUUACACUGAUGUUAGGGGGAGAGUAGCGAUUGCACUUGCUUUUAACAAGGCAAUAAACAAUGACGUCAUUAAGGGUCCAGUUGUUUUAAGCCGUGACUACCACGAUGCUAAGGCUAUUGGAAAUGCUCUCAAAGCAAGCGAGAACAAAGCUGAUGAUGGAAGGCUGCAUUCAGAUUUAGCAAUUCAGAGUUGCCUUGGUGACAGCUUCCGGGGUGCAACUUGGAUUUCCGUUAACAAUGCACAAAAUGUCGGACUGGACCAGAUUUUAGAUGGCGGAUUUGGACUUGUCAUAGACGGCUCUGAGGAGGCAGAGAAGAAGGCAAAAGUUACACUUUCGUGGGAUAUCGCAAACGGAGUAGCACAGCGUGCAUGGUCAGGAAAUAUUCAUGCUAAAGCAACAAUAAACAGAGCUAUGAAAGAUAACCGAAGUCUGAAAAUCACAGUGCCACACCUCAAAUCAGAUGUCAAGAAGAAAACAUGGAAAAAGAACUAAACAGGACAGGGUUGUUGGUGGUAAAAUACGGAACGCCUUUCAAGACUAGAAUCACUAAAAAGUGAAUCGAUUAAAGCAAGGCAGAUGAUGAGUUGAAAAGAUCAGAGGAACCUGAAGAAAUUCCACCCAGCAUAUGCUGGUUUUGUGAGUGUGAAAUGCGUUUUUCAUCAUUCAUAUCUGGAUUUUUCGAAACUUCUAGUGUUGUUCUAUUACCGAUUUAUUCAUUGUUCAUUUCUGGAUGCUCUCACAUUCUGCUACAUAUUUUUCGCAACUGUGAAUUUAGAUAAUUCGGACUUCCUGAUCUUAGAAUAUUCGCAAGAGUUUUAUUUUUGAGAAAAUAUUAAUCUUCUUUGUUC